AUGGAGCCGCUAAGCGAGAAUGGGCUCUGUUUAUCAGAGCUUGAACUCCACGGAGGCGGACAUUUGCACGAGUCAGUGGCCGCGUCGGUGGGGUCCGCGAUAUCCAGCCUCAUGGCCCCUCUUCAUCAUGAGCCACAACAUACGCCCCUGCAUCAUGCUCCGCCGUUACAUCAUGAACCGCUGGAAAAACUUAAGUUAUGGGCAGAGACGGGAGAAUUUCGGGACAGUGGUCACUCAUCGCUAGCUUCGGGUGGAUCAGGAGUGGACCAGUCUUCACUAUAUGCACCUCCUAGGCCGAGACGCGACCGCAAACCCACCGAUGACGGAAAUCGUCCCUUAACGUCGGAGCCCACGAUAAAGACGGAGUCAACGACCCCUGGCGUUGGUCCCGACGAACCCUCUAUGGACGACAAGGGUGACAAGAAAAAUAAGCGACAACGCCGACAAAGAACACAUUUCACCAGCCAACAGCUGCAGGAGCUUGAAGCGACUUUCUCCAGGAACCGCUAUCCCGAUAUGUCGACGCGCGAGGAAAUUGCUAUGUGGACAAACCUUACUGAAGCUAGAGUUAGGGUAUGGUUUAAAAAUCGAAGAGCGAAAUGGCGAAAACGUGAAAGAAACGCGAUGAAUGCUGCCGCUGCGGCCGCUGUGGAUUUCAAGAACGGCUUCAGCACCCAAUUCAACGGUCUAAUGCAGCCGUUCCCCGAUACAGACGCGCUCUAUUCAUCUUACCCUUACAACAACUGGGCCGCGAAAGUACCGAGCCCUCUAGGUACCAAGAGCUUUCCUUGGCCGGUAAAUCCUUUAGGCGGCGUGGUUCCAGCUAGUCAUCACCAGGGAUCGGUAAAUUGUUUCAACACCGCGACAUCGAUGGGAGGCGUCGGGGGUGGAGGUAUGGCAGUGGCAGGGUCGGCAGGUGGAGGAGUCGCGCCAUGUCCCUACACAGCUCCACCUAACCCCUACAGUAUGUACCGAGCUGAGCCGUGCACGGCAAUGUCAUCGUCGAUAGCGUCGCUGCGACUAAAGGCAAAACAACACUCUUCAGGCUUUAGCGGAGGGUACGGUGCGGUGUCGCCGGUUUCGCGCGCAGGCUCAGCACCGCUGGCCGCAUGCCAAUACGCGGGCGGCGUGGGGGUGUCGGACCGAGUGCUCUGA